UUUGACGUAAACGAAAUAUCAAAACACAAGUAUAUACUCUAUUUUUUGUUGACAUUUUGACAAACAAACAUAAAAAAUGACGUCUGAAAGUUCAAGUAAUCCGUUUGAUAUCAACGGACAAAAUUUUAAUGCCGAUGUCUACCUGCAAAAAUUAUUGAAGGAUUAUAAUCUCAAGCAAAUAAUGGAUCACGAAGCUGAGUUGGUCCACGACACGCAAACCUUACACUCUGACAUGCAAACGCUUGUCUAUGAAAAUUACAAUAAGUUUAUAUCAGCAACAGACACUGUCAGAAAGAUGAAAGAUGAUUUCAAUCAAAUGGAAGAUUCGAUGGAUAUGUUGGCCAAGAACAUGGACAGCAUUACCUCCUCUUCAGAACAAAUAUCAAACACCUUACAAGGUACUCGUCAUCAAAUUAUCAGACUAUCCUCUGCUCAUUCACUUCUGAAGAAGUUACAAUUUUUGUUCAAACUACCAACAAAUUUGAAAGAUAAAAUCACUGAAGAAAACUACAGCCAAGCUGUACAAGACUACAUUCAUGCUCAGAGAGUAUUGAACCAGUAUGGCAACAUGCCAUCUUUUCAAGGAAUUCAAAAAGACUGCGAAGAAAUCGUUGAAGAAUUAAAAGCUAAGCUUCGCACUCAGUUUCACAAAAGAAACGCCUCAACCAAAUCAUUGGCAGAGAGUGUUGAUUUGUUGCUUCAAUUAAAAGAACCUGCUGACGUUUUAUGCGCUGAUUUUCUCAAUCAAGCGGAUGAAAGAUUAGCGGAGCAGCUUGACAAUUUGAAAGACAUGUGUGAAAAUGACAUUAUUGAAUUCGUAGAUAUGGGCAGUUCUGGUUUUCUGAGUGACUUGUGCCUGAUCGUUGCCUCUUACAAAGAUAUGUUUAUCAAUCUUCAGCCCCUGGAUACCAAUGAGUUUAGCGAUGAUUUUGACACCAAGGCCGUAUCCCGACUCAAUAGUUUUAUUAUGAACAAUAUGAAAAAGUACUUUGAAUUGAUCAACAAGAGAGUUGAAAAUGUUGCUGAUACCGCAGUUCUAGUCAGAGCAUUGGACAGAUUUUACAAAAGACUGCAAGCCAUGAAUGCACUUUGCGAGGACACAGACUUUGCCAACAAAAAUGUACAAUUUUACAGAACCGGAACGGAAAUCGUUAUAAGCGCGGGCCGAAAACAGUGUCGAAAUCACUUGUCAGCGCUAAAGCAACAUUUAAGCGAAACUCUAGUUAAGGUCAGACAAACCCUAGCAUCAAAAAUCUCAUCUGAAGGCAACGGUGGCCUGCCAGAGCUUCAAGCUAUGUUAGUCAUGCCGACCAUUGAAAAAGUCAAGGGGGUCUUGCAAGAUUUGAUGGCAUUCCUGCAACCAGAACUCUCGUUCGUUCUGAAGCCACAGUUCUUGCAACGUUUUUGCGUCGACGAAGUCAGAGAAGGUCUGGUCGUUGGUUUUCUCCACCAUCUGACGGCAACAACCAAUGGAUUCAGCACGGGACUGGACGCGCCAAAAUUCCCACCUUCGUUGCUUUUGCUCCUGAGCCGCAUGUGCCUCGAAUUCAAGGACAACAACGUUGCCUACCUCAUAUCAUCAACGGACGACCUGUUCAACACCGAGGAGCACGUGAUGCAGAAAAACGACCUAACACCUGUCGCGGAGAUCUGCGACAACUUCCAAAAAGCUGCGCAAGAGUUGCUCAACCAUUUCGUGAGACUCCAAGGUCUCACGGUUUCACAAAUGCUCAGAAAAUCCGUGGAGACGCGCGACUGGCUGCACACCAUCGAGCCCCGUACCGUCCGUGCCGUUAUGAAACGCGUCGUCGAGGACAUAACGGCUAUUGAGACCCAGGUCACGGCGCUCUAUGACGACACUGACGGGCAAGUCGAUCGCAGCAGCGACAGCAGCAGAAAGACUCACAGCGUGUCGAGGCACCAGUAUCGCUCGAAUUGGUCCUCUUACACCCCGAGUCACCUCGACUCUUCGUUCGUCUCGAACAUACACAAACUAUUUUCCGAGAGAAUCGAGAUCUUUUCAUCCGUGCAAUUCAACAAGGCAUCCAUUCUAACGGGAAUCAUCAAAAUCAGUCUCAAGACAUUCCUGGAAUGCGUGAGGCUGAGGACCUUCAGCAAGUACGGCCUCCAGCAGAUCCAAGUCGACACGCACUACCUACAGCUGUACCUGUGGCGGUUCGUCAGUGAUGAAAAUCUGGUGCAUUUUCUACUGGACGAGAUCCUGGGCAGUGCGGUCCACCGCUGCUUGGAGCCCGUACUGAUGGAACCGAGCGUCGUCGACAUCAUCUGCGAGAGGAAUUAAUUAAAACACCCACAUCCUCUCGACGCCUGUACCGCCACUGCAGUUUCGCUGCUUUGAAUUUACAAUUGGAUAAUAAUAUCCAUUCACGCUACCAAGGGGCCAUUUACAACACUCAAAAAAAUGAUAAUAGCUAUACUCUCAGCCAUCGUCAUCGUCAUCAUGUCACACAAUUUUACCCUGCAUCCAUUAUAUUGUACACUCCACAGGAGAUAGAGAGAGAGAGAGAGAGAUGGACCGACUAACGAUACCUCGUUUUGUAUUAUAUAGAGAUGGGGCUUUUAUUGCGAGUGGCGAUGAAUUGAGAGAGGAGCGGAUGUAAUUGUGAUUUGUAAAUACAUGCCGUAUUAAUGACGCGCGCUCGCCGCACAGAUUGGAUUUAUAUUCCGUUAUUAAUUUUGACGAACGGCUCUUGAGACUCAAUUUACGAGAGCUCGUUUGUUCGUUACUCAGGCGUGUGCGUGUGUGUGUGUGUGUUUUUAAAUUAAUUUUUUUUCUCUUCGCGUCGUGGUUUCCAUUGUAGCCACUUCUGUAUUACGAGAAUUGUACAUAUGCGGGAUUUAAUUGUUAUUCUAGUAAAGUAUGGUCCAGUGAUCUGCUGAUCAUCUUUUAGUCCAAACACAUUCCAAAAGGCCAUCAGCCGAUGAAUUUCCCGAGUAUCGCAAAAUGUAUA